UUAAGCCGAUAUGAUACAUUUCCGAUCCCACAACAAACGGAGUGUCCACGUUGCUAUGGAAAAUGGCGUGCAUCAUUGCGCAUAAUCGAACUCUUUCAGGAUGAGAGUAUUCUAAUUGUUUUUCAUAUUAGGUGUUUAUUGUCACACAUAAUGCAACUUAAGCCUGCCAUAUCAGAUAUCAGAAAUUAGUCGGCAGUGCCAGCAUGGAUUCCCUCCCGGUGAAAAUCGUAGCCUCGUGUCCUCCGAAAUGUGACGCUAAUCACAAAACAACACAACCGAAUGGAAAACGUUCGUCAUUCUGUGUUCUACAGAGCGCUCAAACCCGUUUUACUCAUAGCGCUGUAAUUGAAGUGCUGUUGCAUAGAAACAUUAUCAGUAUCGUUUCCGACACCUUAAUGAAGCCAUCACAUCAUACUUUAGCUGCAGAGGCAUUCUAGAAGUGUAGGGCAAAAAACUAUAGUGUUUUCACGAAAAUGAGUCCCUAUUAUGGAAUGUACGUUGUUAUCGGCCUAAUAUUCAGGGUAUUAGAAAUCAUAACAAGUUUUUUGAAACUUAAUGUAGUGUUGGAAACAUUGGAGGCACGUUUUGGAAACAUUAUAAUCGGACGAAAUGACGACCGCCCGAAAGAAGAAUCCCCAAAAGAUAGCGUCAGCAAAACGGAGAUCGACCACAUGGCGUCCCUGGUAAAAAUCUGGUGGAAUCGAGAAGGGUCGGCAAAAAUGUUACACAGCUUCCAUCAAGUCAGAGUACCACUCGUUGUGGAUGGUUUGGCAGAGGUGGGCCGAAUUCCGAAAAGUGAUACAUCCAAACAAGACUGUCUGAGGGGCGUAAAAAUCCUGGAAGCCGGUUGUGGAGGUGGUAUAUUGGCUGAGGAUCUAGCCAAACGUGGAGCACAUGUCGUGGGUAUCGAUCCGUGCAAAGAAAUGAUCGAGCUAGCCAAAACUCAUCUGGACACCGAAUCGGCUGAUUUGAAGGAUCGUAUUGAGUACCACUUGAUUACUGUUGAGGAGCAUGCGAAGGAAUUUGCUGAGAGGUAUGACGCCAUCGUUUGCUCCGAAGUGAUGGAGCACGUGGACCAGAAGGAGUCUAUCUUGGAGGCGUGCGUCAAAUGUCUAAAGCCUGGAGGGUCCCUGUUUAUUACAACUGAAAACCAAACCAUGCUGGCUUGGUUCAUCUUCAUUAUCAUCCCUGAGUACAUUUUGAAGUUCAUUCCCAAGGGAACGCAUUACUAUGAGAAAUUCAUUGCCCCAGUGCAAAUCUCAAAAAUAAUUGAAAAAUACGGAUGCAAAACACUCAGAGUUCGUGGUUUCUUCUACGAUCGAAUGUCUAAUAGAUGGAGUUUUAUUGGAAACGAUGAUUGUAACUACGGACUACAUGCUGUCAAAAAUUAGACUAAGCUAUUAUGCGAUAAAAAAAAGAGCCAUCAAUAA